AUGCGGUUCACUGCUGCUGCGGCUUUCCUCGCAUCCACGCUGCCGCUGGUUGCCCGCGCUGCUCCAGCGCCUGCGCAAAACACACCACAGACUGAUUAUGAUGCCAUCAUUGUCGGCGGCGGCCCGGCAGGGCUGAGUGCUCUGAGCGGGUUGGCCCGAGUACGCAGAAAGGUGCUGCUGAUAGACUCGGGCGUCUAUCGCAACGCCGAGACAAGAUACAUGCAUGAUGUUUUGGGGUUCGACGGUGUUAAGCCAGACUAUUUCCGCUGGGCGGCUCGGCAGCAACUCUCGCACUACGACACAGUCACCAUGACCAACGGCACAGUCUCAAGGAUCCAGCCGCAACAGAACAAUGCCUACUUUACCGUCACGAGCAAGGAUGCCGCCGGCAAGGAGCAAUCCUUGACGGCCAAGAAGAUCAUCCUCGGCACGGGAAUCCGGGACCUAAUCCCCGACACGCCCGGGUUGCGCGAGAAUUGGGCCCAGGGCAUCUUCUGGUGCCUGUGGUGUGAUGGCCACGAGCACGCCGACCAAGCUCUCGGCAUCAUCGGCCCGCUGACCGACGUCAUGGGCGACGUGCGCAACGCCCUCACCCUGAACAAGGACAUGGUCGUCCUGGCCAACGGCACCGACACGGCGGCCAGCCGCGACGCCCUCGACAAGGCAAACCCCGGAUGGCAAAAGUUCCUCCAACUGCACAACAUCAAGGUUGAGAACCGAGUCAUCAAGUCCAUCGAGGUGCUGGAGAAGGACAACGGGACCUCCAGCAACGCCAGGCUGCCCUCGCAGCCCGAGCACUACCUCUUCCGCGUCAACUUUGACAGCGGCGAGCCUCUGCUCCGCAACGCGUUCCUGACGAGCUUCCCCAACGAGCAGUACUCGACGCUCGGGCAGGACCUCGGGGUGCAGAUGGUCAGCGGCAGGCUCGCGGUGGAUUCCACCAAGGGCUUGAUGACGAGCGUUCCGGGGGUGUACGCUGUGGGGGACUGCAACUCGGACGGGGUGACCAACGUCCCGCACGCGCUGUUUAGCGGCAAGCGGGCUGCGGUGUAUCUGCACGCCCAGCUGGCGCGGGAAACCGCCUACGCGGAGACUGGCGAGGUGGCGCGACGAAGCAUCCACAAGGAAGCACGCUGGCUGUGGGACUUUAUGAACCCGCAGCACGACAUGUUGAACGGCGGGCGCUUCAACCAGUAUGGCCAGUGA